AGUAGAAGAUUGCAUGCAAAAAUGCUUAAAGUCGUUAAUGCUGCACAUAAUUACUCCAAGUCCAAAUGUGGCGAAAUUCAUUAUCAAUCUUCGACAUUUUCGAUUUUGUGCAUUUUUUGUGGUAUGAAAACGCUUGCAUUUUCUGAAUUCUGUGAACAUUUUAAUAAACAUUAUGAAGAAUUCACGAACGAAUUAUCUGAUACCGAAGUAGUGACUAUUAAUAUUGAAAGCAACAGUACGACAAAUUCCAAUUGUAAGCAUGAUCCAUUGAAAUUAGAAGCAGCAGAUCUGACAAAUAAUUCGGAAGUGGGAUUAAACGUUCUUGGGGCACCCAAUCAGGAAACAAUUAUAGUAGAAAAUAAAAACGAUGACAGCCUUACUGAUGUUCAGUUGCUUCCGCACAAAAUAGUAUUUGAUGCAAUACAAUAUGAUAAGAAUAUUGUAAAAGACAAGAUGAAAGAAGAAAGUGCUGACGUGAAAACUAAACCGACUAAUCAAACAAAUUUAGUAGAUUGUUCAACUUUCAGAAGGACUUCAGGUCAUGAAAACAUCAGUGAGAGCGAAUGUGAUCAUACGGAUACAAACCAUAUAGAAAGUACGCCAAAUGGGAGUAUUGAUUGGACGAAAUCCUAUGAACCAAAUUUGUUAAGAAAUAGUGACAAACGUCCUUACAAAGCACGUAAUACACCAAAUAUGUGCACAUAUUGUGGUAAAACAUUUCGUCGCCGUUUGCAGCUGGAUACGCAUUUAAAUAUACAUACCGGGUCCAAACCACACCAAUGUGAGAUUUGUGGACGUCAGUUUCGUGCAGUGACAACAUUAGCACGCCAUCGCAAUACUCACCAAAAUCGCUCCGAUUUCAACUGUAAGUUUUGUGUGAUGUCUUUUUCUCGGCGCGCAGCAAUGUUAAGCCAUGAAUUGCGGCACACACAAGAGCGAAACGUGCCAUGCGACGAGUGUGAAAAGCUAUUCUACACAGUUAAUCAAAUGGAUACACAUAAACGAAAAGUUCAUCAUUUGACGGAUGAUGCAUCUUUACCAUUUCAAUGCAAUUUGUGUACGAAUCGCUAUCGUAGUGCAUCUAUGUUAAGUACGCAUAAGUUCAAAAAGCACUAUAAAACAGCAAAAAUAUUUUGUGAGCAGUGUGACAAGAAGUUCAUUGAUGAAGCUCAAUUAGAGGUGCACAAAACUAUACACAAACCAACUCUGAAACAUAAUUCUUAAUAAUUUGGUACAUUUAGUAAUUAAGAUCGUUUUUUAAUUGUUUUAUAUUUCUGUCGUUGAAAUAUACAUACACAUGUGUUCACUUCAUCACUCAUGAAAUAUCUUUGGUUGAUUUGCCUAUGCUGGGAAAAGUAGAUUUUCCUUAAUAAUUAAAAACUGGCAUAUGAAAUUUAAUCGUUUCAUAUAAUUAAGGACUGCCCUAAUAAAAUAACAAGUUUCAAUUGUGAAUUAUCUUAUAAUUUUUCAAUUGCAACACGUAGCUUUAGUAAAGAAGAGGAGAAAUGUGAAAAUGUUUAAUUUUACUAUUAUUGUUAUCAUUUAAAGAACUAAUUGCAAUUUUCUAAAAGUAUGCAUUAUUGGGUACUAUUUAUUCAAGAAUGAAUUCAUCUGAUAAUCAGAACAUAAAUGACUUUGCUGUUCUUGAAGAUUCUAUUGAUAGUGAUCCAACCACAAAUCUAAUUGAGGACGAUAUUCAGUGUGGACUGAUAUUUUUCAGUGAGACAACAAGGGUUCUGAAGUUUUUUUGCACUUAUUGUGAAAAAGUUAGCGAAAAUAUCAAUUAUUUUUGUCAGCAUUUAAGUGAACAUAUAAACGAUGAUGAGAAAGAAAAGUUGCACGAAGGAUUUAGUGCCGACAUUAUGCCUGAAGAUUCUAUGGAUGACGACGCAACAGCAACAGCAACACGCGAGGCGGUAGUUUACGAAGCAGGACCAAAUCAGUCUCUCCUUCCAUGCGAUUUAGCCGGUUUUGAUGAAUCGAAAAUGGUUGUGGAAGAAUUGGAUGAAGCGGAGGAAAUAGCUGCAGAAGUGGAAGCGGAAAUGCGUCAAGAGUUUGAAGGCGAUCAAAUGUAUGUAAAUGAUGAAAAUAGUUGCUCAGAAGACUUUUUUGGUUACGUGCAGACUGAUGAAAAUCAUUUGAAAGUGAAAAACCAAAGAGAAGAACAGAAGUCCACAAACGACUUCAAAAGAACUUCAAAGGGACAAGUUAAAAUAAUGCAAUUUAAAAAUUCCAAAAAGAAAAAACGCGUAACUACAGUAAAGGUUAUUGCUUUGAAAAAUAGAGUAGCGGAACUUUAUGAACGUAUUAAGCUUGAAGAAGAGCGGCGAUCUCGAAUUAACACCACAAAUCCUGAAUCUUGCGAUGUACCGAUGGAUGAGCAAAACAAUGUAAUUACUAGAGAAAAUGAAACGUCCGUUGAGGAAAGUACGGAACCGGUACGCCAUAUAAUUGGCGAAACGGUCAUUACACUGCUGCCACAAACUGUAUCGAAUGUUGAACCAGCCAAAUUCAGUGGCAAUGUAGUGCCCAUGAUAAAUAACAUAAACAGGCAAGAUAGCACCGAUGAUAAGACGACUUGUCCUGCUUGUGGAAGGAAAUUCAGGAGUGCCUUUAGCCUUACCAUUCAUAAGCGUACUCAUUAUCUGGAAUCGGACAGCAAUGUAAAGUUGGCUCACAAAUGCUCCGACUGCGAUCAGUUGUUUAAUAAAAUUCCAGAUUUAAAAGAUCAUAUACAACAGGUUCAUUAUCCUGAUGGAUUUAUAUGCAAAAUAUGUAAUAAAAAACUUACAAGUCUCACCCUUUUGGAGACACACAUGAGAAAGGUGCAUCUAUCUAGACCAUUUAAUUGCGAAAUUUGUCGAAAGAACUUUGACACCCGCGAUCGGUUUGAAGAACAUGUUAAAGCGCAUGUAUCAGGUCAGCCAUAUCGAUGCCACAUAUGUGGGCGAAAAUACAGUACAGAAUGCAUACUUAAACAGCAUCUGCGUAGACACAAGGAACAAAUUCCCCAAUGUUGCGUGGUUUGCGGAAAGCUGACUUUGCGUAUAACACAGCAUAUGAAAAUUCAUGCGCCGCGACCGAAAAGGAUACUUAGCUGCAAAGCAUGUGGCAAAGUCUUCAAUUUCAGUUCAGGUUUGAGUCACCAUUACAAAGUAAUGCAUAAACUACAGAAAUCUCCUACAAAAGUAAAGCAAGAAAACGUAGCUCAAAUACCAACUGAUGAAGAGGAGAUCAAAACAGGAUUAGUGGUGGUGAAAGAAGAAACUGAUAGGACAGAAAACUCUGAAGAGAUCAUACAAAAAGAGGAAGAGGCGAAGCGAGUCAUCGUCGAACUUAUACAAAAUGCGACUUAUACUUCAUUUUUUCCGGAAAAUUUUAAUAGUUCGAUGGAUUCUGGGCCACCAAUAGCACGUGAGGAAACGAUUUCGGCUGUAAAUAGCAUUGUAAAUGAAGAAAACUCAUGAAGUAAUAUUUACAAAUUAAUUUGUAGGAAUAUUUUGUAUAUGUUGGUAGAAUAAUGAUUAUAGAAAAACCAUAAAUAAAUAUCAAAAUAUAAAUGAAAGUAUUCCGAUGCAAUCCGAUUAAUCGUGAAAAGUAGACGAUAAUCAAUGACGGAAAUUAGUUCAAUAUUAGACUUGGUUGUAUAAUCGCUCGUACCUUCAAUAUUUAAGUGGCAACCCUCAUCGUACGUCAAAAUUGUCAUAUCGGCUCAUUAUCAGUUAACAACCUUGUUAAUUUGUUUGCAUCGGCAAAUAACACGCGUUAAUUAUUUAGUUGCAGUUGUUUAAAUUCUAUAAAAAUGCAUCCAGAUCUUACUGAGCGUAUAUUGCAGCAUUUAGAAAGCACCGACAGAGUUAGCACCAUUGACUUGGCCACAUUGUUUGAUGUAGAUCAUCAGAAAAUUGUUGGUGCAUUGAAAAGUAUCGAAGCUCAUGGAGAUUUGUUAAAAGCUGAAGUAACCUUAGUGAAGAGUUUAGAGUUGACGGAGGAGGGGCAGACUGUAAUGACGAAUGGUAGCCACGAAGCAAAUUUAUAUGGUACUGUGCCAUCGGAAGGAGUGCCUCAAGACGAACUUAUGAAGAGUGGUCCAAAUGCUAAGAUUGGGUACAGUAAAGCGAUGUCACUCGGUUGGAUAUUUUUAGACAAAUCUGUGAGUCCACCACUCGUCAAAAGAAAAGUGGACAAAAUCGAAGAUACGGUAAAGAAAUCUUUGGAAGAGAUAUCAAAAAACAAAGCUGAUCUUCCACCACAUGUUAUUAAGGAAUUUAAAAAGCGAAAAUUGUUGCAAGAGAUUACAACAAAAAGCUUUAUUUUAAGUAAAGGACCGGAAUUCGCCACGACGUUAACGAAGCUGGAGACAGAUUUGACAGUGGACAUGCUAGCUAGUGGAUUGUGGAAGGACCUUAAGUUUAAAUCGUAUAAUUUCGAUGCCUUGGGUGCUGCUCCUAUGAGAGGACACUUGCAUCCUCUACAAAAAGUGCGUACUGAAUUCCGUCAGAUAUUUUUGGAAAUGGGCUUUUCGGAAAUGCCCACAAACAACUAUAUUGAGUCGUCUUUCUGGAACUUUGAUGCGUUAUUUGUGCCACAACAGCAUCCCGCUCGAGAUGCUCAAGAUACAUUCUUUAUAAGCAAUCCGGCAAAAAGUUAUAAAUUUCCACAAGAAUAUAUGCAACGUGUGCAGGAGGUACAUUCACGUGGUGGUUAUGAUUCAACUGGUUAUGUGUAUGAUUGGAAAUUGGAAGAAGCUCAAAGGAAUACGCUGCGCACUCACACUACCGCAGUAAGUGCACGAAUGUUAUAUAAAUUGGCAAAUCAAGCGGAAGGUUUUCGUCCAGUAAAAUAUUUUAGUAUUGAUAAAGUGUUCCGAAAUGAGACACUGGAUGCAACACAUCUUGCUGAGUUCCAUCAAGUAGAGGGUGUAGUUGCAGAUAUAGGUCUAACACUAGGUGACUUAAUUGGCACAUUAUAUGAGUUCUUCCGCAAACUUGGAAUUGAGAAGCUGGAGUUCAAACCUGCUUAUAACCCCUAUACCGAACCCAGCAUGGAAAUCUUCUGCUUUCAUCCAGGUCUUAAUAAAUGGAUUGAGGUUGGAAAUUCAGGAGUUUUUAGACCAGAACUCUUGUUACCUAUGGGUUUGCCAGAUAAUGUUAAUGUAAUUGCUUGGGGUCUGUCAUUGGAACGACCAACAAUGAUAAAAUAUGGCAUCAAUAAUAUACGAGACUUGAUCGGACCUAAAGUUGACUUGAAAAUGGUAGAAGAGGGACCGAUUUGUCGUUUGGAUAAAUAAAUGCAGUUUUCUUGAGUAAUUUGAAAAAAGAAUGUAAACGUUGGAAUGUUUGAUUAGAAUAUUUAAUAAAAAUGUAUUUAAAAACA